AUGGGAAUUCGCGGACGUCUUCAGAAACAGAAGAAAGACAAGAGAUCAUCAUCGUCCGCGAGAAGUAAACAGAGGUAUGCGGCCGCAGAUUCGCGACGACGCCUGAAAACAGUUCCGUCCGGCUCAGAUCGUCAUCGCGCUCGAAUGCGUCGUCGCAAACGUCGGAGCGGAGUCAGAGCUCUGUCAAAAGUAAAGUGGCGAGGAAGAAGAGCAAACGGACGGUGCGAGUGAGGAAACUGUUCGAGGCAACCGGUCCCCGUUUGUCCAUCAUUUUGAUCAGUUGGAUCCAGUCGAUCCUCAUCGUCUACGUCAUCGUCGCCAGCAUUUAUAACCUGUUCUGGAGCAAUCAGGGCUCGCUUUUCGUCUUCAUCGCCAUGCUCGAGGUACUGACUUCCAACAGCUACAGUAAUCUAGGGUGAAGUUGUACGGAAAAAUUGUCAACUACAAACUUAAAGUACUCGAGUUGCACUUUAUUUUUGUAGUUGACAACUUUCUUGUACACUAUCCCAAGACGACAGUAGAUAAUGGAAGUUUGAGCUGCAGCAAAUCGUAGUGCCAACUUCCAAGAGCUACAGUACCCCGCAGAGUAAUUGUACAAAAAAAUUGUCAACUAGAAAAAUGAAGCGCAACUCGAGUACUACAUAUUUGUAGUUGACAACUUUUUUAUACAGUCUGGCCCAAGAGCUACAGUAGCCGAUUGUUCAGACGUGUGCGUGUUUCCUGGAGUAUCACGCGUUCAGCAACUGCUACACGGGCGCUUGCUGCACAUUUUUGGCCUAUCAAUACGUUCUGCUCGUCUGCUUCUUCUCCACCUUCCUGCAAUCGGACUACGAUCCGAAUGAGUGGGUGGCCUAGCUUUUCCUCUUCCACACGGCCAUUUCCAGCUCGUUCUGGGCUAAACUGUUCGGUUUGGCGGCGCUCACGCUCUUCGCCUCUUUGCUCCAUUUUGCCAUUCUCAUCCAAUCGAUCGAACUCAUCGGAGUGUCGCAGAAGCGCAACGACUACGUCGGACAGCUGAUUGUGGAGUCGAAGGAGACGCGCCGCCGCGACGUCUUCACGAUGGUCGCGCAGCUCAUUCAGACGGUGUGCUCUGGCGAAGAGGACAUGUGAGUUUACCGCGGGAAAUUGUGGCUUGACGCCACCGUCUCCCAGGGGGCGCUAACGCUAAACACAGUGCGCUCGUAAAUUGCGGAGUGUCGUUGUAACUUUUUUGAAAAUUUGCACGUCUAAAAAUGCACUUCAAUUCGAGUUUAUGACCAUUAUUUCUUUCUUUUUGUCUUGAAAAACGUCUAGAAAACAAUAUUUUACCGGUUGGAAACCGUUCUUUACAGAAUUUAGAGUUUUUCAUGUUUUUCGCAUUUCGUCAAAACUUCAAACCUUUAUAUUUCAGCUCAUUUUGCAUUUCAUGAGCCCAACGAACGAUAAAAAUGUUCGCUGAAUCUUUCUUCACAAAAUUCAGGUUCCGGCGGUUAGUUUUGUUGAGCAGUUUUAGAAAACUAUUCGAAAAACAUCAAAAUCCAGGCCAAAACGUUCAAAUCGAAGCAACUCGGCUAAUUCUCAACGAUAUGCGAGAUUUCUGUUACCAAAACGUAGCUAGUACUCUAAUUAUUCGACGCCAGGUUCCAGGCGUACAAAAAAAUAGGUGUAUUGUACAGAAAACAUGGAAAGAAUGCGCGAACUCCCGUUGAAAAUUAAUUAAUUGGCCGCCGCCGCGUAAAUCGACACAGCCCGCCUGCUGCAAGUGUGCUCCAUUGAAAUCAUUCGUGUCACGUAGAAGCGUCUAAACCGUUUUCAGAAAAGUCAACCUGAUGGUGGCCGACGAGACGGGCAAACCGAUGAAGUUGAGCGGAGCGGGAGUGGAAGCCGGUGUCAAUCGGACGAUGGAAAUGCGAGCGGACGGCCGCAGCGUCGAACUUUUGGCCUCGAACACGGCCGCCGCAACGAUCCACGUGCCGAAGACGGAGAAGGAGAAGAAGAAGAAGCCGGCGGAUCCCCUCGAGCUGGUGAACGGAUCCAUCUACAACAAGUGCUCCAAGGUGAGUAGUACUCAACGGAAGAACACGGAAGAAUUUUUAUCUUUUUUAGAACAUUUUUUCAUGGAAUGUGAUCAACUGACGAAAUGUUGAGCAAAGUGAACUGUGCUCAUAGAAAAAUAAUUGUAAAUUUAGCUUUUCAUACAAAAAAGUUAUUCGAGUUGUUGCGUGAAAAAAGUGCUAACGGGACAACUCGAAUAUAACUUUUUUGUAUGAAUCGCUAAAUUUACAAUUAUUUUUCUAUGAGCACAGUUCAUUUUGCUCUACAUUUCGUCAGUUGAUCACAUUUCAUGAAAAAAUGUUCUAAAAAAGAUAAAAAUUCUACAGUAAUCUAGAAAUUGUGUGACUCUUUUUUUCAGCAAGACAACACGCUGAGCCCUGGGAAACUGCUGUAA